AAGCUGGAAAGCAAGUAAAGCAUGGGAGUGCUAUGUUUAAUUUUAUCAUUUCCCUUUUCGAUUAAUAAAAGAUAUAUCACCAUUAUAAUAUAAUACAAUAUUACUUACAUACCGUUUGGUAUAAAUAAAUUCCAUAAGUUUUGAAGAAUUCAUUCUUAAAUGAAAUAUUUUUAUGUUUGGUAUUUGAAAGAAUUCAUUUCCAAUUCUAAAUUUUAAAUUCUAUGGAAUUGGAACUAGUUAUAGCAAUUCCGAGGAAUUGAGAUGGAAUUUCCAAAUGAAUUCCACAAGUUUUUGCUAAUUAUAAUAGAAUGACAUAAUUAUCCUCUUUUAUUAACUAAAUCACUUAUACAUAUACAUACUAAACACAAAAAUUCAUUUAACAAUGAAUUCUACAUGGCAAUUCAUUUUAUUUGAAUAUGACGUACCAAACAGAAGAUUUCAUUUGACAAUGAAUUCUCGAUUCAUUUGAUACCAAACGGCCUGUUAAAGAGGCAGGAACUAUUUGGGCUGCUCCUCCCCGUCUAAGAAAAGAGCCGCUUUCCGUCCCUCGUAAUCCAAUUAAGUUAAAUAAUUAAUUAACAUGUUGAACCAAUAAUACGGGGCCUCGUGAAUGGGUAGCAGCGCUGGGAUGUAACCCAGACAACAGUCAAGUAUUGCCUGCAAUGAGAAUGCAUCAUCACUAUCUAAACUUCAUAAGGUGUAGACAGAGCAUACGUGUCUUAAACGAAAUCCGAAAGGUUUAUUUUCAGUGAAUUUAGAACUCACAAUUCAAUGAUUGCAAUUUUGGAAGAAAACGGUCUAUCCAGUAUCCGGUAUACUUGUUAAAAACCGAUAAUCGACUAUCUGACAUACGAUAUACAGAAUAACUUUCGGUAUCGGUAUUCGGCGGUAGAAUUUCAAUUGCUGAUAUACCGAAUUUCGACUACUCGGUAUCCUGUAUACCGGAUACCGAUCGAUUACCGCUCCUAAUUGAGUUAGAUUCCAGAAACUAAAGAAGGUUGCAGUGUUGGCCACUGCUGCUGCUAUCCUUUUUCAACAGCAAUCUUAGAUAUGACCCUGGCAAUGGCUAAGGUCGGAAGGAAUUAUCCCCAAAAUUUUCUUUUCCCUCCCCCUAAACACAGGAAGCGGCAAAAGAAAAACGUUUCGAAUUUUCUUCUUUGCCCCACGUGUCAUGUCCAGUCCAUGCAGCAAACGCCACUCAGCUCCGUCCGCCAUGGUUUCCCUUCCCCUUUCCCCUCCUCCAGAAAGAAUUCGUCUCCGUUCUCUCCAGUCUUAUCCACAAACCCAUUAUAAUCCCCCUUCCUCCCCCGCCGGCUCUCCAUCAUCAUUCUCAGGAAUUCCCUCUUGCAAUCUGGUAUACUCCUACUGCAACAGCGCAGCUACUAAUGGAUCUGAUUCACAAGUUCCUGAACUUGGUAGCUCCCCCAUUCACCUUCUUCUCCCUCUGCUUCCUCCUCCCUCCCUACUACCUCUACAAGGCCUGCACCACCGCGCUGCACUACCUCAUCAGCGAGGAUGUCUCCGGCAAGGUCGUCCUCAUCACCGGCGCCUCCUCCGGCAUCGGCGAACAUCUGGCUUACGAGUACGCGAGCAGAGGCGCGUGCCUGUCACUCGUCGCCCGCAGAGAAGUCGGCCUACGAGAUGUAGCCGAGGUCGCUCUUGAAUUGGGAUCCCCGAAAGUCAUCUCCAUCGUUGCAGAUGUCCAGAACGUCGACGACUGCAGGCGAAUCGUCGACGAAACCGUUAACCAAUUCGGAGGAAGAUUGGAUCACUUGGUGAACAAUGCUGGGAUCUCUUCGGUGUGCAACUUCGAAGAUGUCGCCGAUAUCACCAACUUCAGAACCAUCAUGGAUACCAACUUCUGGGGAUCGGUUUACAUGACCCAAUUCGCCAUACCGCACCUGGCCAGAUCCUACGGCAAGAUCAUCGCCAUGGCGUCUGCUGCUUCGUGGCUGCCCGAGGCAAAGAUGAGCUUCUACAAUGCGAGCAAAGCGGCCGUGGUGUCCUUCUUCGAGACGCUGAGGGUGGAGCUAGCUCACGCCGUGUCGGUCCUGAUCGUCACUCCGGGGUACGUCGAGUCGGAGCUGACGAAGGGCAAAUUCAUGACUAGUGAGGGCAGAAUGGAAGUGGAUCAAGAAUUGAGGGAUGCCAAAGUGGGUGCCGUGCCUGUGGCGUCGGUCAGGUCGACGGCGAGCGCGAUUGUGAAGAGCGCUUGCAGAGGGGACAAGUACCUGACGGUUCCGGCUUGGUACAGGACCACUUGGUUGUGGAAGAUUUUCUGCCCCGACGCCGUCGAGCUGGCCUACCGCUUGUUCUUCACCAGCCCGCCGGGGGAGCCGGAGACUGCUGCGCCGAGCAAGAGGGUGCUGGAAAUGACUGGCGCGCAGAGGUUGCUUUACCCUGAGAGCAUUCAGAACCCCAACAUCAAGAGAGAGUAGAGGAAUUAGGCUCUCCUUCGCACGAACAAAAAACUUUCGCCUUUGUAUCAUCCAAUGUCGAUGUAGUGUUUAUAAACUUGGGAUUUCACCCAAAUUGUGAAAUCGAAAUAAUAAAAAGCCGGGAGGUUUGUUAAUUUGUUCUGUCCGCCAUUGAUAAUUUCGUCCUGCUUUCCGGACCGGAGUGGGGUUAUUUGCUUCCGCUGAUCAGUUAAUGGUGGUGCUCACUCUGAACAGGAAAAUGGCGGAAACAGAGAGAUGGGAAGAAGAGGGUGAUGGGUCUGUCUGUCUGGGUUGGACGGAGAAAGAAUGGAACUUGGGAUAAUUGUGUCUGUCUGUAACAGUCUUUCCAAUUUGAUUGAUCGGCAGAGUUCGAUACAUUGAGUAAAGGAUUGGGAUUUUA